GAGUUUUGGAGCGACGUACACGGCUUCCCGUUGUUGCAAAACAUCGCGACGACGGUUUUCGCCUCUGCCUGUUCCAGUGCAGCCGCCGAAAGGAAUUUCUCGGCGCACAAGUUUGUGCACUCGCAACUUCGCAAUCGCUUGAAGGAAACAAACCUCUAG